AUGACUGUCACGGUGACAGUCACCAUCGUCGCGGCCGACAACGCCGCCAACACCACCAUCACCACCACCAUCACCACCACCAUCGCCGUCACCACCACCACCAACGUGCCGUCGGCCCCCCUCGCGCUUCCCGCCGCCCCCAUCGCGCUUCCCGCCGCCCCCCCGGCUCCCCGGCCGCCAUCGCCUCUCCUGCCGGCCCUCCGGUCGCCGCUGCACCCGCCCUUGUCGCCGCUGGCCCCGCCGUGUCCCGCGCAGGAGCCCGGGCGCCGUCGCAUCGCAUCGCCGCAGCAAAGCGGCGAUGCAACGGCGCCGGGCCAAGUACAAUCUGCGCCGCAAGCAGCGCGUGACCACCACCACCACAAUCACCACCACCGUCGCGCUUCCAAACCACCGCCACGCCUCCCUACUGCCGCCGCGCACCUCCCUGUCACCGCCGCGCAUCCCUACUGCCGCCGCGCUGCCCGCCGCCGCCGCACGCCCCACCACCACCACGUGCCGCGCGCCGCCAUCCUCCCCUGCGCAGCCGCGCCCGUCCCUGCCGCCGCUGGCCCGGCUGCUACCCAGGCGCCGAUGUCUCGCCGCAGCAAUGAGAGUUAG